CUCACAGCUCAACGACGAAAGUGAUAACAUUUGUUAAUUCGUCAACAACUUUUCUUACAACACAAAAAAUGAUGACGUCGUUCAAUAAUACGCAAAUGGCCUCACAACAGCGAAGUUCAACUGGGACUUGGGGAAUGGCUAAAAAGAAAGUUCAGGUGUCUUUUGUGAUCCGUGAUGAAAUAGAGCGGCACCAUAGAUCAGGCGUGAAUGCUCUACAGUAUGAUCCGUUACUCAACAGGCUUUAUUCCGCUGGCAGAGACUCUAUCAUUAGGAUUUGGAACACAAAAGCCACAAACAAGGAUCCAUAUGUUUUGUCAAUGGAGCAUCAUACAGACUGGGUCAAUGACAUAGUAUUGUGUUGUGGAGGAAGAACGUUGAUAUCAGCGUCUUCUGACACAACUGUUAAAGUCUGGAAUGCACACAAGGGAUUCUGUAUGUCAACACUUAGAACACAUAAGGAUUAUGUGAAGGCAUUAGCUUAUGCUAAAGAUAAGGAACAGGUUGCUUCAGCGGGACUUGACAGAUCUAUUUUCUUAUGGGAUGUUAACACAUUGACUGCACUUACAGCUUCAAAUAACACUGUUACAACCUCCAGUUUAAAUGGGAACAAAGAUUCAAUAUACAGUCUAGCAAUGAACCCAGCUGGUACAGUGAUAGUGUCAGGUUCCACGGAGAAAGUUUUACGUGUCUGGGAUCCACGAACGUGUUUAAAGUUGAUGAAGUUAAAAGGUCACACUGACAAUGUUAAAGCUCUAGUACUCAACAGAGAUGGUACACAAUGUUUAUCAGGAAGUUCUGACGGCAUGAUAAGGUUAUGGUCACUAGGACAGCAGAGAUGUGUGGCUACAUUCCGAGUGCAUGACGAAGGUGUAUGGGCAUUACAGGCAAAUGAUAGUUUUUCAAUGGUAUAUUCUGCUGGUAGGGAUAGAAGAGUCUGGGCAACAGAUGUUCGAAAUAAUGAUUACAGGUGUUUAGUUUGUGAAGAAAAAGAGCCAGUUUUAAAGUUGGAGUUAACACAUAAUGAACCACAAUCUCUUUGGGUAUCUACAACCAGUUCCAGUAUCAAAAAUUAUUCUUUAAGAAAUGUAAAUAAACAGCUGAUGUCAGCUUUAGACAAUGUGUCAUUACCUCCAGUGUGUUCACAGCCAGAUUUUACUAUAAAAGGUGGUUCCAGCAUACGACAGUAUUAUGUGUUAAACGAUAAACGCCAUAUUCUCACUAAGGAUACAGAAGAAAAUGUUGCCCUUUGGGAUGUUUUAAGCGCAAGAAAAGUUGAAGAUCUCGGUAAAGUUGAUUUGGAAGAAGAAAUUAAAAACAGAUUUAAAAUGCUUUAUGUACCAAACUGGUUCUCAGUAGAUCUUAAAACUGGGAUGUUAACUAUCCAUUUAGAUGAGACAGACUGUUUCUCUGCCUGGGUCUCUGCAAAGGAAUUAGGAGCUAAUGUUCCUGUGGAUGCUCCUGAUACUAAAUUAAAUAUUGGUCAGCAGUUACUACAAGCUCUUCUGGACAACUGGCCAAAGACACACAUAUUUGAAAAUCAAGAAAAUAUGAACGGAAAUGAGAAUGAAGUGCAAUCACCAACAGGAAUUUACUUCCGAGUUCCUGGUCAUACCCCUGUAAUAUUUAGUGAGGUUGGUCGAGGGAAGACAUUAUUCAGAUUGCUGUGUCGAGAUGCAGGAGGGGAAACAGAACAGAUGUUGUUGAAUGAGACAGUUCCACAAUGGGUGGUAGAUGUUCUUGUACAUGGAAAUUCACCAAAGUCUAACAAGAUUCCAUUCUUUCUUCAACCCCAUCAAAGUAUGGGACAGAAAAUUGUCAUGAAAAAGGAUAGAUUGUCAGCAAGUGACAUGAUUCAAGUUCGAAAGGUCGUAGAGCAUGUGUAUGAAAAGGUUCUGGGUCAGGGUUCAGAUGCUGGUUCCCAGGCAGCCAACAGUGGGAACCAGGAGAAAGGUGAAGAUUUGGAAGAUAGUUCAGCAGUUGCGGAGGAAAAAGUGGAAUUGUUGUGCAAUGAUCAGGUAUUAAAUCCCAAUAUGGAUCUGAGAACUGUGAAACAUUUCAUCUGGAAGCAAGGUGGUGAUUUAACUUUACAUUACAGACCUCUUAAAACUUGAAAUUUAAACAAGAUUUCUACCAUUGUGACAAGUUUUACUGAAGUAAAAAAGACGCAGCUGGGACUAGCCUAGGAGACAUUGAGAGCUUUACAAAAAAAUUGUGAUUAUAGAGCAUUGUGAAAUAUUGGUGAUGAUCAUAUCCUAUCCACAAUACAGUUAACUCCUUUUUACAGUGAAUCAUCUUGAUCAGAUUUUGCACUGCCGUAUUUUUGCUGAAAAAUCAUCAUCAUCAUAUCAUUAUCGUCUUCAUCAUCAGCAAAUAAGUAGAAUGAUUAUAUAAGCCAGCAGAUGGUCAGCAUGGAUAUACAAUUUCAAUUUUAGCUCGACUUUUCAAAAGAAAAGUAGAGCUAUUGCACUCGCCCCAGCGUUGGCGUCGCUGUUGGUUAAAGUUUUUGAUAAAGUCAAAUAUCUCUGUUACUAUCAAAGCUAUUGACUUGAAACUUAAUAUAGUUAUUUACUGUCAAAGUCUACACCAGGAGAAUCAAUUCCCAUAACUCUGAUUAGAGUUUUGACAGAGUUAUGCCCCUUUUUAACUUAGAAUUUUUGUUGAAGUUUUUGAUAGAGUCAAAUAUUUCUGUUACUUUCAAAGCUUUUGACCUGAAACUUAAAAUAGUUAUUUACUAUCAAAGUCUACACCAGGAGAAACAAUUCUCAUAACUCUGAUUUGAAUUUUGACUGAGUUAUGCCCCUUUUUUGCUUAGAUUUUUUUGGUUAAAGUUUUAUAAAGUGUUUACUGCCAAAGCUCUGAUUCAGAGUCAAGCACUGAGAAAAGUUGAGCGGGCUGUCAUCAGACAGCUCUUGUUAUACCAGGUUUUUUACUACAGCCAC